UUUGUCCCUGGGCCUUGCCGUACCGUCCAGGCGGUGAGGGGCAUUCUGGUUCCGUCGUGGGAAACCGCCGGUGGGGACCGUUUGUCCCUCGCCACAGCCACCACCGCCGACAUGAACCGCGAAAGCUUCACGGCGGGCGAGCGGCUCGUGUCGCCGGCUUACGUGCGGCAAGGCAGUGAGGCCCGCCGCUCGCACGAGCACCUCAUACGGCUGCUUCUGGAGAAGGGAAAGUGUCCGGAGGAUGGUUGGGAUGAAAGUACACUGGAACUCUUCCUGCAUGAACUUGCCAUCAUGGACAGCAACAAUUUCCUGGGCAACUGUGGCGUGGGAGAGAGGGAAGGCAGAGUGGCAUCUUCAUUAGUUGCUCGACGUCAUUACAGGUUCAUUCAUGGAAUCGGACGCUCAGGUGAUAUUUCUGCUGUGCAACCCAAAGCUGCAGGUUCCAGCCUUUUGAACAAAAUCACCAAUUCUUUGGUCCUGGACAUCAUCAAGCUAGCUGGUGUGCACUCAGUGUCCAACUGCUUCGUAGUUCCUAUGGCAACUGGUAUGAGUUUAACUCUGUGUUUCUUAACGCUGCGGCACAAAAGACCAAAGGCCAAGUAUAUUAUAUGGCCGCGAAUAGACCAGAAGUCCUGCUUUAAGUCUAUGAUCACUGCAGGUUUUGAGCCUGUGGUCAUAGAGAAUGUUCUGGAAGGAGACGAGCUGCGUACAGACCUGAGAGCAGUGGAGGCUAAAGUCCAGGAACUUGGACCCGACUCCAUUCUCUGUGUUCAUUCUACCACUUCCUGUUUUGCUCCAAGGGUGCCUGAUAGAGUAGAAGAAUUGGCUGUGAUUUGUGCUAAUUACAAUAUCCCACAUAUAGUCAACAAUGCGUAUGGAGUGCAGUCUUCGAAGUGUAUGCACCUUAUUCAGCAGGGAGCUCGUGUUGGUAGAAUAGAUGCUUUCGUUCAGAGCCUGGAUAAAAAUUUUCUGGUUCCAGUAGGUGGCGCCAUAAUUGCUGGCUUUAACGACGCCUUCAUUCAAGAAAUCAGCAAAAUGUAUCCAGGGAGAGCGUCUGCUUCCCCGUCUUUAGAUGUCCUUAUGACUUUACUGUCAUUAGGAUCAAACGGUUAUAAGGAUCUGCUAAAGGAAAGAAAGGAAAUGUUCUCAUACUUGUCCAGCCAACUAAAGCAGCUGUCAGAAGCCUACAACGAAAGACUGUUGCAUACACCUCACAACCCCAUAUCUUUAGCUGUGACACUUCAGAUGCUAGAUGAACACAGUGACAAAGCUGUCACUGAACUUGGCUCAAUGCUUUUUACCAGACAGGUUUCUGGAGCCAGGGUCGUGCCUCUUGGGUCUGUGCAGACUCUGAGCGGCCACACUUUCAGAGGCUUUAUGUCGCAUACUGACAGUUACCCUUGUGCUUACCUCAACGCUGCGUCAGCCAUCGGAAUGAAGACACAGGACGUGGACUUGUUCAUAAAGAGACUUGACAAGUGUUUAAAGACAAUCAGGAGAGAACAAAAGAGAGAGAAUGAUGAGUCUGGGGUGGACAGUGAGAAAACCGAAGAUGCGGAUGUAACCGAAAUGGCUUUGCAACUAGAUAAUGCACUUCUGGGUACAAACACAAACCAGGAUUCUUCUUCAUAACCUGGGAGGGCUUUCUUGUUGCUAGUUUGGGGGAAACGAGGGCACGGUACAUGAGCAAGCAGUUUAAAGGGAAGACAUAAAGUGCUGGGUUGUGAAUUUGGGCGACCAUAUUUGAUCAGAGAAAAGAGCAUCGUCUGAACUGAACUUGUUGGCUGAUAAUGUCUUUUACUCUGAGACUGCCUUCAUCCUGAUCAGAUGAUAACACAGUUAGCAUGCUUCCUAUUGUUAGAGUAUUUGCCAGUUAAAGCAUUGUGAUUCAGACAGUCUUUGCCAACAUAAUGACAGCGAGAUUACCUGGAAUUCUUUUUGGAAUGUGUAGGCUGCUUCCUGCUAAGAAUUCUUUACCUUUCACACACUGCUCAUGUGUCUGAUCACACAGAAUUUACUUAAUUUUUUUGUUUCAUGAAGAAUCCGAAUUAGAGAACUUUUUUUUUUUUUGCCUCCAGGGUUAUUGCUGGGGCUAAGUGCCUGCACCAUGAAUCUAUUGCUCCUGGAGGCCAUUUUUUUCCCCUUUUGUUUCCCUUGUUGUAGCCUUGUUGUGGUUAUUGUUGUUAUUGUUGAUGUUGUUCAUUGUUGGAUAGGACAGAGAGAAAUGGAGAGAGGAGGGUAAGACAGAGAGAGGGAGAGAAAGAGAGACACCUGCAGACUUGCUUCACUGCCUGUGAAGUGACUCCCCUUGCCAGUGGGGAGCCGGGGGCUCGGACCGGGGUUGUAACGCCGGUCCUUGCGCUUUGCGCCAUGUGCGCCCAACCCACUGUGCUACCACCCGACCCCCCCAAAUUAGAGAAUUUUUAAACAUGGCCUAGAGUCUCAAAACAAACUAUUCAAAAUGUCCUAGGAUAUAAUGCAAAUUUAUUCUCUACAUAAAGGACCAGGAAAAUCAGGCCUAUUCUGUAGGGAAAUAAAUGAUGACCUAUAGAUACCAGUGCUGAGAGAACCAGAUAACCCAGAUGCGGAAAUUGUCAGGCACAGACUUUAGUAAAGAAGCUGUUAGAAGCAUUUCUCUAUGAGGUAAAAGCUGGUAGCCCCAGAUGGAGAAGUAUCUCUAGAGCUACCAACUACCAAAUGCUUCUUGAUGUGCCUGCACCACAGAACGCUCCAAUCGGGCACAAAGGGAAGGCGUGAACGAACGUUCACUCCCUCAGCAGCGGUGCCUCUCAACAGGGCAUGACUGUCCUUAUAACUGAGGGCACCUUUGGUUUUCAGAGCUGGGGGGACACGCUCUGGGUGGUGGGUGGGAGCCAGUGUUGCUGUUCACCCUACAGUGGACGAAUGAGCUUUCCAAAACACAGUUAGUUAUCCAGCCUCAAACUUAAGGCAGUGCUGAGUUCACUUUAGAGAAAAGCUCUAAAAGCAACAAACACCUCAGGUAAAGAGAAGUUUUCCAUAGCAACGCUAAUUAUGCAGAAAUGCUUCAAAGAUAAGAUAGUUCUAUAAAUGUUAUCAACCUGUCCGUAACAGAGACUCACUUGGUAACGUGACUCACUGGUUCUAAACAUGACAAUUAUCAAGUGUCUCAUAUGUCCCUUGUGUUUUCCCGUUUGGGCAAGUGAAAACUUCGUUCCACUGUUUUGGCUUUCAGCCGUUAGUUUGUUCAUGUUCUGUGCACAGCCACUGUCAGGAGCACUUCACAUGGAUAUUUUUUUUUAACACAUUUGUUCUAGGGAGGUAAGAAUGGGGCAGUGUGAGAACAGGUGUAUUCCAUCUGCCCUGCCCACAUGCUUUGCUUUCUGAGUCUGAAAUGCUAGACAUCUUGUCUCUAACACUUAGUUUUCUUGCUAACUUUGAGAAACAGACUGAUGUCUUAUAACCCGAGGAACUAGUGAAGCUUCUAAAUAUACCCCAGAAAUGUCAAAGAUGUGUUCCUCAGGACCUGCUCAGUGGGGCACCAUUCACAAGCGAUACUCAGGGGAAGAAAGGGUUCUGUGGACAAGUACUUGAGGGAAUUUGCAGAACCUGCCCGCUAGCAUAUUCUAGGCUCUAAGAGUCUCUUCAAAAACGUUUGAGUAUGUCCUCUUCAAAGAUGAAAUUCGCUUUUAAAACUAAAUACUUGCUGACAUGCUUUUGAAUAUACUUUUGAAAACACUGUGGAGAAUGGUUUGUGUUUGUCUCUGCUGUUUGGGCUGUGUUCAAACAAACAAACAAACAAACAUGCCAAACAUGAGCUCAGACAGAUCUCACUCCCAUUAAUGUAAGUGCUAAGUUUACAGUAAACAGAGGCUCCACCAUCUUGCAGGUGAAGAUUGUGUUGAGCUAAAGAACUUCAUUCUAAAUGUUUUAAAAGUUCAUUUUAAAAUUACAUAGGUUUUUUUUUUUGGGGGGGGGGUGUUAAAUAGCUCAAAUUAAAAAUAGCUAUGGAAAUUCAUUUUAUUUUAUCUUUUUUAAAUGGUUCCCCCAUACUCCCAUCCAUGGCAAUUCAUUUUAAAGGAGUAAACCCUGGAUUAAAAUGGUAUGAGUGAGUGAGUGAGUGAGUGAGUGUGUGUGUGUGUAUGUGUGUGUGAACUCUGGGCAGAGUUGUCAAACUAAUAAUGCCUAAAGCUUGCAGCAAACCACGAGUUGUAUGAAAAGGAGUGCAGGGUCGUUGCAAAUGUAAAUGUGAGCCAGGCAACUUGAAGCCCAAACUGCUUUAUCAGACACAUUUAUAUUGUGUGAUCAUCAUUUUGCUUAAGAAAGACCAGAGCCAAGAGACCAGCAGAUGUUUUUCUUAUCUGCAGUAAAGCAGGAAUUCUUUGGCUUCAGCUGCUGAAUAGAUGAAUAAUUCUAACUGAAGAUUCAUCACAUGAAUUCACAUGCAAGUGAUCUAAGUAUAUUGUGACAUACCAUUCCUGGUACGUCAGUCGGCUAGCUAUAGCUUUUAUUGUCGCCUCUUUCCAGAGGUUUUGGAAUUCCAGCUCUAUCUCUUCCUGCUGCUUUAGACUUGACCUUGACCUCAUAGAAUUUAUGAAUCUUGGAAGAGAUACAGGUUCUAUAUAAUCAGGGCUUCCUUUGUCCCCAACCUUAGUGUCUUUUUUUUUUUUUUUGCCUAUUUCCUAUUUCGUGUAUAAGUUAAAAUGGCCACCUACUUACAAUUAAUUCGUUUUAGCUUGCUACUGUUAAUUGAUAAGCCUCACUUUCCUCUGAGCUGUGGUAGAAGGGCCAAGGGUAAUGCCGUUCCCGUGACUAAGAUGCUCUCCUCUGUUGUUCUGACAACCUUUAGUUGGGUCACCAGGUAGACUUUGUGAGUUUGGGUUUCAAAGUCAUUGGGUCUAGUAGUCUGCCCAGAGAAGAAAACUGAGUAAUACAAAAUAGUCUUUAGGUCACCACACGGUGUGUUAGACACACAGCAGGGAAUGGCAUUUUUACUCCAACUCUCCAUUUUGGCUCUCACGUCCUCUGCAGAUAAAUUCUCACUCUUGGGAUGAUCCGUGAUACUGGCCUUAGGAACACAGUGUUCAGCUCUAAAUCUUUCUGUUGAUGUUUUUUGCAUUAGUUGAACAAAAUUAUAGACCAUGAAUCAUUAAGUAAACAUCUGUUAAGCCAAUAGGCACUUGAUACACAGAAUGAUAUAUUUAAAAAUAAAUUAAGCUUUUUUUUU